GAAAGAAAUCGUGAAAAUGUCUGAAUCAAGGAUCUUAGCCUCACCACCAAUGUUGGUGAUUGUUCUCAGCCUUGUAAUUGCUUCCUUCUUCAGCACCACAGCUGGGCAAAUCGGAGUAUGCAACGGGAUGCUAGGGAACGCCUUGCCAAGUCCAUCGGAUGUUGUGGCUCUUUACAAGCAACAGAACAUCCAGCGGAUGCGGAUCUACGGCCCUGACCCAGCUACUCUUGAAGCUCUCCGUGGCUCUGACAUCGAGCUCAUCCUCGAUGUUCCCAGCGCAUAUCUUGGACGUCUCGCCGGCAGCCAACCGGAGGCCGACAAGUGGGUCCAAGAAAACGUUCAGCGCUACGCUGACGGUGUCAGGUUCCGGUACAUCAACGUCGGAAAUGAGGUGAAACCCUCAGAUGGGCGGUUUCUCUUACAAGCAAUGCAGAACAUCGAGAGAGCCCUUUCUGGAGCAGGUCUUGGAUUCAAGGUCUCAACGGCUAUAGCCACCGACGUCACCACAGACACAAAAACUCCGUCUCAUGGAAGGUUCAAGGAUGAGUAUAAAGUCUUCCUUGGACCAGUGAUAGAAUUCUUGAUGAGCAAGCAAUCUCCCCUGCUCGCGAAUAUCUACCCUUACUUCAGCUACAUGUCUGAAAAUGGCAACAUCCCUCUAGACUUCGCUUUGUUCAACUCCCAGUCUAAUUCUUUCACUGACGAAAACAGUUUGCCAUACCAAAACCUCUUCGACGCAAGUCUAGACUCUGUUUAUGCGGCAUUGGAGAAACUAGGAGGCGGAUCAAUGGAUAUCGUGGUGUCUGAGAGCGGUUGGCCCACGGAAGGAGGAUUUGGGGCCAGUGUUGAAAACGCCAAGACUUAUGUUAACAAUUUGAUACAACAUGUGAAGAAUGGAUCACCGAAAAGGCCAGGUCAACCUUUAGAGACUUAUUUAUUCGCUAUGUUCGACGAGGAUAAGAAAGAUAAUGGUGAGUAUGAGAAGUUUUGGGGACUGUUUCGGGGUCAACAGCCUAAGUAUGAAGUUAAUUUUAACUAAUCCUUGCAAAGACUUCUUGAACAAGAAAGGGUCGUCUGGUCAGUGACUUGUGGGCUUUUUUUGUGUUCCUUCUGUAAGGGUAUUUAAAAAAGAGUGGGAAUUUGUUGUAACAGUAAGGAAUAAUAAUGAAUGAGCCAUAACUAUGUUGUACUC